AUGGAUACCUCCUACAUCCACUCAACACCUUCUAUGACAGCUGGGCUUCUCCCGGCAUUCAUAUAUCCUCCUAUUACUCCGCGUGUGGCCCCUACGCGCGAAAUAAACCAUCUUCUGGACCAGUCCCAUGCCCUGGCCUCAAGGUGCGAAAUCCCGCAAUCAAUCAAACUUUUUCUAAAAGCCGAGCAAUUGUGGAACGAGCAUGGAAAUAUUAGUAAGGAAGAUCAUGUUUAUCUUCUCGUUUAUCGUGGAUUUCUAUAUAGUUUAUAUUACCAGACCGCAGAAGAUAAAGUUGGACGCGCUGGCCUAGAGUUGGCUGUGGUGUGUUAUAUGGAGGCAAUUGAUCUUGCAGAGUCAAUCUUGCCCCACACAGCUGACACGGCACUCCCAAGGAUGUAUCUUGCUCUAGAGCUCUACUAUGCACGCUGCUACGAGAAGGCUACAGUCCUGCUCAAACAGGCUGAAGCAAUAGUGCGCAAUGCUGAGGGUCCUCGAUCUCUUUUAGUCCAUAUGUGCUCAUACAACAUACUGGCCUGCUAUGUAGUCAUGCUGCAGUACAGUAACGAGUACCGUGCAGGCUUAAUCUCCACUCUCGCUGCUGAUCAACUCCAUGGGAGCGACACACCUUUUCCAAUAGAUCAUCGUUUAAUCAAGGAGCUAGGCAGUCUUGGCGUGCAGUCGCUCCAAGGCCUGGGCCAACAGUAUAGGUACUUAGACAACAUCAUUUCAAAUGCACAGCUGCUAGAGCCACCAGAGCACAAGAAGCUCGAUGAGCUACUUGCUAUGGGUCUUGGCCAGCAGGGAGAGCUGUUCCGGAAGGACGUUCUGGAGAAGAUCAAAGGCAACCCACAACUAUAUGAAGGAUGCAAUAGUCUAAUCAUGUUUGACUUUUUGCAGAGUAGCGAGUUUUUGCAGGCAGGAUCUCUGGGAAUAUGCCAGCCGGAAGCUCUCCUUGGCAAAGAGUUACUGGACAGCAAAACUGGAAGCCCUGGAGCAAAUGCAUCGUUACUUCUCCAAACUACUGCAAACAAUGGACCCCGCAUCAGUUCACUUGCUAGAGAUCUCACUGAAUCACGGUACAGACAGGAGCAAGAGCGCUCUAUACCAGCUACACAUGCCUCGUCCCCUUGCUUAAUUAAUCAACAAGUUAUGAAUGCAGGUACUUAUUCACUCUCAACGCCAUCAAGUGGUGUACCCAAUGCCCGCUGUCCAGCAAACCCCGCUGGCGACCUUGUUGGCAUAACCCCGCCUGGAACAAGAGCCAUGAACAGCAACCAUAGUAAUCCAGACAUGGAGGCCUCCAUAUCCUACAAACUAAACUUCCCGGUAGAGACCUUGGCAUAUACAAUGGAUGAAGACGACCUGUACGCCGUUAUAACAGAAUUGGGUUCGAUUGAAAAGUCUAUGCGCCAGAUGGUUGGAAGCACACAUUAUUAUACUACAGCGGUCCAGCGUCUGCGGCGUAUAUGUGAAGGGCUCCAAGAGGCAACCUUGCUAAGAAACGACAAAGACGUGAUGGCUAGGGGGCUCGAUGCAUUCAAGCACAAGUUCCGAUACUUAUCAUCAGUUGAGGUAAAGCCAAAAAUGCUGGGCUCUGGUGGCAAGCCAAAGAAAGAGAAGGGCGCCAAAGGUAAGAAAGGUAGCAAAGGCAAGGUAAGGAAAUGA